AUGAAUCCUAUGAAUGUAGCCGUUCUUCUGACGGCCCUAGUGGCCUCUGCCCGCAGCGAAGGUUUCCACAAUGGACCUGUGACCUUCGGGUCUGACCUUGCGCAUCCUAAUGGCGCAAAGUCUUAUGCUACCAUUACGCUGGGAGCAUCUGGAGCCUUGAACUCGAACACGGCGAGCAGAAAUGCGGUAACGACAAGUGGUGAGUUCGCUCCCCUCAGUCAGCCUCAACAAUUCACCAUCCAACGUUCUGAGCCCUCCGUGCACUUCGUGCAGGACUCCUCACCUCAGUUCAGUGUUUACCGUUCAGCGCCUCAAGUGAGCUAUGUUCAGAGUUCAGCUCCGCAAUUCAGUCUUCUGCAAAGCUCCGCACCUCAGUACCAAUUCCAGGUUCCUCAGCAACAAAUUCAACUCUUCCAAAGCCGAGCCCCCCAGAUCAGCGUCUACGAACGCCAAGCACCCCAGCUGAGCGUGUACCAAGCCCCCGCUCAGCAGAUUCGGAUUCAGCAAGCGCCCGCCGCUCAAAUUCGAGUCCAGCAGGCCCCCGCCACCCAGGUUCGAGUUCAGCAACAACGGGUCGCCGCCGUUUCUGGACCGGCCACUUCGCAUGGAUACACCGUCAACGCUCCCGGUUUGACGAAAACGGCCACUUUCGGGUACCCGUCCGGCCGAACAACAAUCACGAAUUCCGCUCCCCGAGUCACCGUCACCCAACAAUCGCCCCGGGUCCAGGUCCGAGUCGACCAGCCCCAAGUGCAAGUCCUCCAGGCCCCGGCCCCACAGAUCCGUAUUCAGCAAGCGCCCCAGCUGAGCGUACUCCAAGCCCCCGCCCCUCAAAUUCGUAUCCAGCAAGCACCUGCUCCCCAGAUUCGCGUGCAGCAGGCCCCUGCGACGAGAUUCCGCGUCGAGCAGCCUCGAGUCUCGGUCUCUGGUCCCGCCACUUCUCACGGAUACACAGUCAACGCGCCAGGACUUACUAAGACGGCCACUUUCGGUUAUCCCUCCGGCGGAGUGAGCAUCUCUCAAGCCGCUCAACGAGUGACCGUCCAGGAAGCUCCGAAAGUUCAAGUUCGCGUUGCUCAACCCCAACUCCGAGUGGUCCAGGCACCCGCUCCUCAAAUCCGUAUCCAACAGGCCCCCGCACCCCAAAUCCGCAUCCAACAGGCAGCUGCACCUCAAAUCCGCAUUCAGCAGGCACCUGCGCCCCAAGUCCAAGUCCUUCAGGCCCCCGCGCCCCAAUACAGUUAUGUUCAGGAUCAAGCCCCUCAGAUCCGAGUUCAGCAACAGCAGUCUCGAGUGGCCGUUUCUGGACCCGCGACCUCGCACGGAUAUACCGUUAACGCUCCCGGGCUCACCAAAACCGCCACUUUCGGCUACCCUUCAGGCGGCGUUUCCGUCACCCAGGCCGCUCCUCGCGUCACCGUAUCCGAAGCCCCGAAAAUCCAGCUGCGUGUUGCUCAACCCCAGUUUCAGUACGUUCAGGCUGAAGCCCCUCAAGUUCAUCUCGUGUCUUCGCCCCAGCCGAGAGUGAGCGUCGUUCAUUCUCCGGCACCUCAGGUGAGCCUCGUCCACCACCAGGUCUCCCCAGUCUCCACCCUGACCUAUGGAGCUCCUCAGAUUUCGGUCAUCAGAACUCAGCAGCCCCAGUAUCAGUACAUCCCGGUGUCGGCACCUCAGAUCUCAUUUGUGAGGAGCGCCCAACCUCAGGUGCAAAUCGAGCACGAACAGCAAGAGGAAAGAACCAUCCAGGUUGAAUCUCCCCGAGUCUCCGCCACCGUAUCUGGAUACACCGCUCCCAAUGUUCGCCAGCAGCAGUUCAACACCCCGUCGCACGGAUACCAGGUCUCUGCUCCGGGAUUCACCAAGCACAAGACCUUCGCCGGACCGAGCGUCUACGGAACCCACCAAGACUCGGGUAUCUCAGGAGCCUCCGGAAUCGGUCACGUUGAUUUCAGUCUCAGGAAAGACAACAAAUCAAGCGCCUAGAGAGCUUUCAUGGCAUCACGUUGUACAAAGCGAUGAAAGAUAUGAGUUGAAAAGUACCUCCGGAACUUUACCUGACUUCAAUACAUGUCGUGGUAUUUAAUGAAAUGAGAACGGUGGCAAAUCUCCUUCUGAAAAUAAAAAAAAGGAUGGCCAAAAAAAUCUGCUCCGAAUCC